AUGGCUGAUCAACCACAACGACAUCCAAACUUGAACCUCACCGCUGAGGAAAAGCGCGUCUUCUACCAGCUGUUCCAAGCUGCCGAUACUACCAACCUCGGUGUCAUUACUGGGGAGAUUGCUGUUCCAUUCUUUGAGAAGACACAUCUCCCUGGGGGCACUCUUGGCGAGAUCUGGCAAAUUGCGGAUAGGGAGAACAGGGGUCUUCUGACCCCAUCUGGGUUUGGAGUCGUGCUACGAUUAAUUGGACACGCCCAAGCUGGGCGUACACCGACUGCAGAACUAGCAUUGCAACCUGGCCCGCUGCCCCGAUUUGAUGGAAUCUCAGUAGAUCCAGCCCCUGCGGUGCCUGAACCCAGCACAGCCAGUCCUCCGCCCAGCGCGUCUGGACCCAUUCGGGUCCCUCCCCUACAGCCCGAUGAUGUGAACAAGUUCGUUUCAUUGUUUGACAAGUCGGAUGUCUCCAAUGGAAUCAUGUCAGGUGAUAUCGCCAAGCAAAUAUUCGAACGCGCAAGAUUACCGAAUGAGAUUCUGGGUCGAAUUUGGAACCUUUCAGAUACCAAGCAGCGCGGAGCUCUGGAUUCCACAGAAUUCGUUAUUGCUAUGCAUCUUCUCACCUCAUUCAAGUCUGGUGUUUUGCGCGGCAUUCCCCAAACUUUACCACCUGGUUUGUAUGAUGCGGCAUCCCGUCGAGGCGGCCCGCGAUUAUCUUUUGGUGUUCGACCUGAAGUUCCACCGGUACCGGCAAUUCCUAGACAGUUCACUGGUCCCCAGCGAACUGCCAGUCCUAUGGGCCCUGGUAGCCGCCCUCAAUUUGGUGGCCAGCUUUCAGCUCAGGUAACUGGAGGAGAUUGGCUUGUUACCCCUCAGGAGAAAGUACACUUUGAUGGCAUCUUUGAAACUGUGGACACGGCGAAGGCCGGUUUCAUUACUGGUGAUCAGGCAGUUGCAUUUUUCAUGAAGGCACAGCUGGCUGAGGAAGUCCUGGCUCAAAUCUGGGAUCUUGCUGAUAUUGACGCUGAUGGCCAGUUAACCCGCGAGGAAUUUGCCGUGGCCAUGUACUUGGUUCGACUCCAGCGUAGUGGAAAGGAGCCUCUACCACAGGUGCUUCCUCUCGCAUUAAUCCCACCCAACAUGCGCCCACAGCCCCCCACCGCAGCUCAGAUGGCAGGCUUCGCACCACCAGCUCCUGCUCCAGUUCCUCGAUCGGCGGCAGAUGAUUUGUUUGGCUUAGAUUCACCACCGACCCCGGCACCUGCCCAGCCUCAGAUGCCGCAAUCUACAGGUGGCUCUGCCAGUGCAUGGCAUACACCCGGCUCUCCCUCAUCGAGGGCCUCACCUGCAGCCACGUCCAACACCUUCAAGCCUUUUAUUCCCACCUCGUCAUUUGGCCAAACUUUGCAGCCGCAAUUUACCGGGGCAUCUUCUGGAACCCCAGUGAUGGUUCGCUCGCCUCCGCCACCAGCUGAAGAUCUACUGGGCGAUAAUGACCCCGAAGAGUCCAAGAAGUUAACACAGGAGACUACCGAGCUGGCCAACUUGUCCAAUCAGAUCGGGAAUCUGUCCAAGGAGAUGCAUAAUGUCCAAGAAAAGCGCACAUCUGCUGAGCAGAGUGUCACUCAAACCGGACAGCAGAAACGGGAUUUCGAGAUGCGACUUGCGCAGGCUCGCACUAUGUAUGAGCAGGAGGUCGCGAACUUCAAGGCAUUGGAGGAUCGACUGAAGCAAUCUAAGGCCGAGACUACCAAGCUGCAACAAGAGUACGCUCUGCUCGAGGGUACUCGACAGGAUCUGGCAAACCAGUACAACCAGAUUUCGACCGCAUUGGCAUCCGACCAGCAGGAGAAUGCUAGUCUGAAAGAGAAGAUCCGUGUGGCAAAUGCGGAGGUUGCGCAACUCAAACCAGCUCUCGACAAGGCGCGCUCCGAUGCUCGACAGCAGAAGGGUCUGGUUGCAAUCAACAAGAAACAGCUAGCUACCAUUGAGGGUGACCGAGACAAGAUCCAGGGUGAAAUUGAUGAUCUGUCCAAGGAGGUCCCCGAGUACACCGAAGACCCAACCCCUGUCAACGGACCCACUGAGGUUGUCAGUCCCGCAGCUUCUACUACUAGCCAGAACACCAACCCUUUCUUCCGACGGACGACAACAGGUAGCUCAAGUGAGCGUGCCCGCUCGCCUGACUCCGCCAGUGACCAGCAAAAAGCUUUUGAUAGCCUUUUCGGACAGACCUUUGCGUCUCCAGCAGGUGCAGGUCCGCCGCCUACAUCUUUCCGCGCUGAAUCUCCGCUGGCGACUGCGAAAUCACCUGCCACUUCUAAUGUUCCCACUCCAUCUGCAUCUCCCGCUCCGGGAUCCUUCCCUGGCUCGCUGCCGGGCGCUUUCCCGGAGCCCCCAGCCCCCAGCGAGUCACGCCAGCUCACCCCAAACUUCCUACCCUUUAAUGAGAAUCAGUCUGUGACCUCAUCUACUGUGGUUUCCCCUCCCGCUAGCCGGUUCGGUGGGCCUGACACCUCGGGUUUUGCUAUCCCUUCUCAGAUGACGGCUAGCGAAUUUGAUGCACCAUCAGUGGCGCAGUCCAGUGACUACAGCGUGGCUCCCAACUCCACUGAUGGUACUCCGGUUCGUUCUCCAUUUGAGGAGGUACCACCGACUACUGAGUUCGCUGCCACAGUAGCUGAACUAUCCACCACUUCUCCAGCUGGUGCUGAGAGCCGGGAAUUUCCUGCGGACCCCUCUUUUGAUGAGCUUUUCGGCAGUAAGGCGCAUAAACGAUCUGAGUCCCAAAAGGAGAACGAUUUCGACGAGGCCUUUGCAUCUAUGAAGCCUACCGGUACCAAUGGGUUGGCUGGUGGACCGGCAACUGCAGCAGCAGCAUCCGGCUUUGACUUCCCGCCUAUUCAGGAACUUCAUCAAGACGAGGACGAGGAGAGCUCGGACGAUGAAGGAACUUUGGGGUUCGAUGACGAUUUCACCCAAGGUUUACCCUCUACCACGAAGGAAGAGAAACGUGUUGAUUCUAUUGAUGCUGCCCAACUUGCUGCUUUCCCAGCCCCGGGCACCACUUUCCCAGCAGGCCAGCCUCCAGCUGCGGACUCUCAGCCUAGUCCUCCGAAAUAUGAGACCACUAUCUCUGAUAACCAGGGUGGAAACCACGUACCCCCCGAAUUCAAUGGCUUGUUGCCAGGCCGUGAGGAUCCCACUGCUGCACCGGAUGCCCCUCACUCUGUAGAGUCUGCCACUGGCGCACCAGUGAUUGACAAUGAGCCCAAGCACGAGGAGGCUCCCGCAACUGAAGCUGUCGCUGGUGGCGCGAAGACCAAUGCCACCGACUUCGACGCUGCAUUCGCUGGCCUCAACCUGGCCCCCGCCCAGGAAGCCGAGGAUGACGAUGAAGAAGCCGAAGGCCAGUCCAAGGGUCCCUCAGACUUUGACUUCUCUUUCGACUCUCCAUUCCAGAAGGAGCAUGGAACCGCGUCGAGCACUGAUGCUGCCCAAACCGGCUCUUCCGACUUUUUCUCCUUCGACAACACAAGCACAGCCCAUGCCUCCACCGCCCAGCCCAUUAGCCCUGCCAAUGGUGGUACUUCCAACGCUGCUGGACCUGACUGGGACGCACUCUUUGCACCUCUUGAUGGCUCAAAGCCAGCUACAGAUGAAACCGCCAAUGGAUCUGACGCUAAGCCGCCUGGCUGGGCCCUUAACACCGACUCUGGCGAAGAUGACUUGAUCCUGCAGCGAUUAACCGGCAUGGGGUUCCCCCGAGAGGAGUCUCUGUCAGCCCUUGAGAAGUUUGACUACAACCUCGAUAAGGCCGCUGACUACUUAACCUCUAAGACUUAA